GGGAAACGGACGGAGAACGACACUAGAGAAGGAACUAUUGUGCCUGCUAUUGAAGCGAUUCCUUAAUUCGCUAUCGUCCGCAGGAUGACCGCUCGCAGCGACAACGACAAGAGGUCGAAAGAAGAACGGUCCUCGAUAGCAGCGUUUUACGCUGGGAGGAGCGUAUUCGUUACGGGCUGCACCGGUUUCCUGGGAAAAGUGUUGAUCGAGAAACUGUUGAGGUCCUGUCCCGAGAUUCGAGAGAUAUUUUUGCUGAUGCGACCGAAGCAUGGUUUGUCCAUCGACGAUAGAUUGAGGAAAAUAAUUGGUUUACCGCUGUUCGAGAAAUUACGAGAAGAGAGGCCGUCCAGUUUCGAGAAAUUGAUUCCGGUUCGCGGAGACACGAGCGUCGAAGGAUUGGGCUUACCCAUGAUCGAGAGACGAGUAAUUAUGGAUCGCGUAUCCGUGAUUUUCCAUGUCGCCGCGAACGUAAGAUUCGACGAAGACCUGAAAAAGGACAUAUUCUCGAACACCCGCUCGACGAGGGACGUUUGUAUAUUGGCGGGAGGCAUGAAAAAUUUAGUGGCUUUGGUGCACGUUAGCUCGGCAUUUGCGCAGGCGGACAAGCCCGUCGUAGACGAGAUCGUUUAUCCCCCGAUUACCGACUGGCGGGACACGAUACGGAUGGUCGAAUGCCUGGACGAGCAGAUUCUUCGUACAUUAUCCUCCAAAUACGUGGGCUCAAUGCCGAAUACGUACACCUUUAGCAAACGGUUGGCGGAACAGGUGAUAAGCGACUACUCGAAAGAUCUGCCGUGUGUGAUAUUUCGACCAUCCAUAGUGAUAUCGACGAUCGAUGAUCCGGUGAGCGGUUGGGUGGACAACUUCAAUGGACCGGUAGGAAUCAUGGUAGGCGGCGGAAAAGGAAUACUACGCGUGGUCUGCUUAGACCCGUUCGUCGCCAGCGACUUCUUACCCGUCGAUGUAACCAUCAAAGCCAUGAUCACGGCAGCCUGGAAACGCGGAUUAGAAACGAUAACCAAAAAUCCUGAAGUUCACGUUUACAACUCCACUUCUUACAAAAUCCGCCGCAUCGUUAUUCGUGAUCUGGUCGAAAUGGGUUUAAGAGUCAAUGAGAAGAUACCCCUGGAAGGUAUCAUUUGGUACCCCCGAACGAUACUGACGCCUAGUAGGAUGCUUCAUUACAUACUAACGUUGCUCGUUCAUCUACUACCUGCUCUAUUGAUAGAUAGUGCUUUAAAAUUGACCGGUCGUCGACCGAUGCUCGUCAAGAUUCAGAAGAGGGUCUACUCUAGCGUUCAGCAACUGAGUCACUUUCUGCACAACGAGUGGAGUUUUCACAACUCCAAGAUGGUAGAUAUGCUGACGAAGGAGGUUCCACCGGCCGAAAAGGAGAUCUUUGGCUUCGACUUUUAUAAUUUCAACACCGAGCGAUACUUUGAAAACUGUUUGAUCGGAGCGAAACGUUACCUCUUACACGAAGACCUGACUCGGAUCAAGGAAAUCAAACAUGGUUACGAAAGGAUGCGAUGGAUCGAUAGGAUAUUCAAUGUCUGUAUGAUUGGCCUGAUUGCGUGGAUACUCUGGAGAAUUGGAGUCUUUUCGUCUGUUUUCACGAACGAGAUGUUUUUCGACAAUUAACGUAGCCAGCUUUGCAGCUAUUUAUCUAGUCGUACGCUCGUACUAACGAAACAACAGAUCGAAACUAUCCGUUUCAUCGGAAUAAAACGAAAUAUCAAUGGAA